AGCUGGAUAAUGAAGGUUCUAGUGAAAGCAGAAGAUAUCUCUAAUUUAGAGAAGAUAAACACUGUUUGUUUUACUACAAUUUCGGCUGCCAACGUGUGUAAUGAAAUUGAUGACGAACUUGACGUAAAACUUAGUACUGUUUUUUCUGGCGAAUCAAAACAGUCACUGCAUCAAGUAACAACAAUUAAAAGGGAUCUCAUUGUAUCUAUUAGAAUAACUGUAAUUGAAUACGUAAUUCCUCUUGCAAAAGUAUUAGAGAUGGCCAUAGAAAGUGCAGAAAAUUUGAUCAAGCUUUUAAAAACAGUUAUAAAAUUACAAGUCGUCAAAGAUCAGACAUUAUGUGUUGCAGCUCUAGAUUCCAAUAUUUCUGGCACAGCUUCUCAUCCACGUUUGUAUUUAAAUGCAGCAAGAAAGCUUGCAAAGGCUUUAGAAAAUGAAGAUAAACUAAAAUUGUUUUAUACGCACAUCGAGGAGCUUUUUCUUUAUUCUAUGAAAGAAAAUUGUUUACCGGAGAAGUUAAGAAUGAAGGUUAUAAGCAUGUGGCUGGAAAAAAGCGAAAGAGAGAAAGAUUUUGAAUUAUUCGUAAAGGAAUGUCUUGAACAAGGCUAUGGAGAAUUAAAGAUUGUUAAACUUUUAAUGCACAUAGCUCACGAAAAUUGCAUUGGUAAUCUAACAAAUGUUGUAAGUGCCUACGGAACUUUACUGCGAUUCAGGAAAGUGAUUCCGGAAGAUGUCGUAGAAUUCGUUUGGAAAACUUUAUCAGAAGAUCUCGAAAAAAAAAUAGCAUUGACUAACAUUUGCAUCAGGACUUUGGCCUGCUUAAUCGCCCGUCAAAUUAAGUUCAAUUUGAAGAGUGAAACAGUAGCGGAUCUGACAUUUAAGGACCUCGAGACACUCCUCUUAAAUUUGAGAGAAAACCACUGUUUCACAAUAUUCGGUGUUGAAUUCAUCAAGUUUCUAAUGGCAUGCGAAGUUAAAAACCCUGUAAUCAGUCUGCGAAGAUUAGAAAAUGAUAGUGACUUGCUGAACAUUUACAAUGUUUAUUUCUUGAUUCACUCAGUUCAUGCUGAGAAGUUACCUGGUGAGGAAGAUCAAACUUACCAGUGUCUUUCGACGAUGCUAAACUAUUGCUGUGCUCAGAAUUUGGAUAUGGGGAUAUUUUUAAUGUGCUCUGCAACGCCCCUUUUGAUAGAAUUAGCGAUUACAGGAUUUCCCAUGUGCAAGAAGAUAAGCUAUUAUUUUCUGGAUUUUGCCACCAUAUGGUUGGGUUAUCUAAAAGAUUACCGUGCCAGAAUUAAAGUCCAGACCGAAUCCCUUCCCGAAGAAUCAGUUAAACUUCUCGUUCAGUUCCUACCAUUUGUCUUGCAAUUGAAUGACGCUGAUAACUUCUCAGUAAAUAAUUUUCUGAGAGAGAUAUCUUCAUACACAAAAGCCUAAGAAUAGACUUCACGGAAAAAACAUCUUCUAUUUAUAUACAUUUUAAAG